AAAAAAUAAUAAUUUAAAAAAUUAACGAAGAAUAAACAAAACCGACUAGUCUGUCCUGAUUCAAUAAAUAAUUUAGCAAUAGACGAAUUAAACUAAACCUUAGAGUUAAUUUUUUUCCGGAAAUAUAAUACCGAUUGAGUUAAGUCUUUUAUGUAAUUUUUUUUCUAUAAUAAAGUGAGUGCUUAGUUAGGGCAUCAUGUCUGUUUUGGAUAAACUCGUAAUCCGUGGCAUCCGAAGUUUCGGACCAGAUAACGAAGAAAAGGUGAAUUUUUCCACUCCUCUAACACUCUUCCUUGGCCAAAACGGUUGCGGAAAAACAACAAUUAUCGAAUGCCUGAAGUACGCAUUAACCAGCGACUUACCGGGCGGAAGUGACAACGGUCGGGGUUUUAUUAAUGACCCCAAGCUGUCAGAUAGAGCUACAACUAAAAGUUGUAUUAAAUUAAGAUUCAAAGACGCCAAAGGAGACUUUGUAACAGUCGCUAAGUUCAUUCAGUUAUCAACCGAAAGAACCGGGAAGUUAAAAUUUCAGAGUUUAGCACCAACUCUGAGGUGGGAAGCAGCAGACAAGAGCAAAGCGGAAGAUAUAUCCGGAAGGUGUAUCGAUAUCGAUGUAUACUGCGCACAGAAAUUAAAUGUUUCCAAAGCUAUAUUGAACAGCGUUAUUUUUUGUCAUCAAGAGGACUCUGCUUGGCCCUUGGAUGAAGGGAAAAAAUUAAAAGAAAAAUUCGAUGUGAUAUUUGGAGCAGAGAAAUACAAUAAAUGUGUGGAGAGAUUCAGAAAGCUUAUUAAGGCAAAAAGAGACAAUAUUAAGUUAUUAAAGGAACAGCUGGAGCUUAAAAAGUUGGCUAGGAAGAACACGGACGAGAAAAAGGAAACGUUACAAAAAAAUGAAGAACGAUUGGCGAAAAUUGAAGGCGAGAUGGAAGAGAAGCAGAACGAACUUGAUCCAUUACAGACGCGACUAAAAGAGAUAAACGAGGUUCUAGAAUCACUAUCUAUGUGGCUUCAGAAAUUGGCAGGCCUGGAAACCACUUAUAAAGGCGUUUUGGAACAACAAGCGUCCCUAAAGAAGCACUUGGAAACCGAAUUUCCGGGUACAGAUGAAGAAUUAGAAGCCGAAAUAUCAAACUUCGAUAAUUUUCAAGCGUUAGCCAAGAAAGACAUGGCCGAAAAAGAACAUAAAAAAGAAACCGUCGAGUCUAAAAUCAUGCAGCUUAACCAAAACGUACAAAAGCGCCAGGUGGCUUUCGGACAGCUAAAAGAAGAAGAAUUUCAACAUCAAAAGCGGGGCGAAGAGUUAAAAACUAUUAUUUUAAAAGCCAAAAUGAGGUUAGAAGUUGAUGCGGAGGACGACGAACCGGUCCCAGAUAUCUUAUACAAACUAAACCAAGCUUUUAAAAAAUGCGAAGAAGCUUUUAAUGAUAAACGUAAAGGAUUUGAGUCGGAUGAAAAAGUUUUGCAAAGCAGUAUAGAUGAUAUAAGGGCGAAACUUGCUGCAAUAAAAGAAAGCGUUUCUUCAAAAAAGAAAACGAUUGAUGAAUCUAAGAGUAAAAUGGCGGAAGCCGAGCGAAAACUUAAUCGGUUGUCUCAGGUUUACAGUCAAGUAGAUAUCAUAGAGAAAAGAAUGAAAGAUUUGCAAGAAACUUUGGGCACAUAUGAAGCCGAAUUUCAGGAAGCUGAAGUACAAGAGAACCUAGAGGCACUGGAUUCGCUAAUUACGCAAAAAGAAAAUUCGCAAACCAAGCUGGAACGCGAAUAUCGGUUACUGCAGCAAAAUUACUUGACCGAACAAAAGAUCGAUGCGGAGAAGCAUACUAUAAUUGAUAAAAAGCUUGAAUUAGAUAAUUUAAAGAACAAAUGGGAGGACCAGUUUAAGGAAUUGUUCGGGCAAGAGAUUCCUCAGGAUAAUUUCGAAAGAGCCGUUAAGCUGAUCCAGAAACGUGAGGAGGAACAGGUUAAAAACUUAAACAAGUCUGUUGCAAGCUGUGAAAAGAAAAUAACCACUCUCGAGUCGAAUGUUAGACAUUCCACCGAAAAAUUGAAGAGCUAUAACGAUGAGUUAACCAAGGCAAAGAAUAAACUCGAAUCGAUAUGUAAAGGGAAGCCGUUUACUGAAGUUUUAGAGGAAACCUUCGCUAAAAAAGAGAAAUUACAAAAAGAUAAGGGCAUGUACGCCUCUUGCAAAUUAUUUUAUGAGCAGUAUAUUAAUGCCUUUGAAUCGGAAGAUCCUUGCUGCCCCAUUUGCUCUACCAAUUUCUCGGCCAAGCAGUCUAUGACAGCUAAAAUAAUUGACAAGCUGAAGAAUUCGAUAGAAUCAUUGCCUAUGAAGUUAUCGACUACGGAAGCACAAUUAGCAAAGGUGGAAGACCUGUAUAAUAAACUGCAACAGUUGGAACCAGUAAAUGAAAACAUCGAUAUUCUAGAGGGAGCCAAAAUACCCUUGUUGGAAGAAGAAUUGAACGAAACUAAGGAGAAAUUGGAAGAAGCCACUAUGGAAUUGGCAUCAUUAAAGAACGAAUUAGCCGUGCCACAAAAGCUAGUGGAAGCAUGCAGGGCCGUAGUGGCUGAUGCGUCCCUAAUUGAUCGCUUAAACCAAGAAUUGAAGAAAAGCGAAAACGUUUUGCAAAGUCUACAACGCGAUCUGGUGACCGUUUCCUCAAAUCGUACGUUGCAUCAAGUAGAAACUGAACUGGCAAAAGUCAAGAAAGAAAUCGGCGAUUUACGCAGAGAGUAUAAAGCAAAACGGGAUCAGUUCGAUGAGACGAAAGAGAAAAUCCGUUCGAUUGGCCAAAAGUUGCAAAGGGAAAUUGAGAAAAAGCUUCAACACGAGAAGCAAGUACAGGAGCAGCCGUUACUAGAAAGACAAAUCAAAGAAUAUAAAGAGAACAUCGCCCAGUUGCAAAAGGAAGUUGUUACCGGUAACGACACCAUUUCGAAUUUGUCGAAUGAUUUGAAGCAGGCAGAAAAACGGAAAGAGGACGCUUGCCAAAAUAAUAAAAAAGUACUUGAUGAGAAACGAACUGAUUUGGAUUUGCGCCGUAGACUGAUUGAUGAAGUGGCUAAAUUACAUAAGGUCGUAAAACACUAUGAAGAAGGUGACAGUAAGACCAAACUACAAACCAUCUUAAACGAACUCGAAGAAUGUAAAACUAACAUCAAAAAACUUGAAGACGCCAAGAAAGUUCUAGUUAGUGCGAUAGUAAAGAAGAAAGAAGAGCUGGCUAGCCAGGAGAGCAAGUUAAGAUCGCUAAAUGAUAACAAAGAACUAAGGCAGAACAGGAAAAAGAGUCAAGAGCUGGAAAUCGCCAUUAAGAGUUUGAAAAAGCAGAUCGGUAAUCACAACAAUAGCUCUAUUAUUGAAGAACGUAAAACUGUUAUGAAGAAACUCGAUUUUAUUCAGAAUGAUAUUAGUAGAAAGGUUGGCGAACAGGAUACCAUAAAGGGUUUGAUAAGGAGUCUCAAAGCAGAACUGAACCGAAAAGAACACAAAGAAGUGAUAUCGGAAUACAAAAAGAAAUAUUAUGAACUUCGAUUAGAAAUUUUAUCAGCUGAUGAUUUGGAAGUUUACACGAUCUCUUUGGAAAAAGCCAUUAUCAAGUUCCAUCAAGAAAGGAUGGUGCAGGUCAACAUGAUCAUCAGGGAUCUGUGGAGGAACAUUUACAGAGGAAACGAUAUCGACCAUAUUGAAAUACGAACGGAUGAUUGUGGAACAACAGCAAGAAACCGUCGGACAUAUAAUUAUAAAGUGGUACAAAUGAAAAAAAGUGUAGAGUUGGAAAUGCGAGGCAGAUGUAGUGCCGGCCAAAAAGUCCUCGCGUGCCUUGUCAUCCGUAUGGCCUUAGCUGAAACGUUCAGCACGAAUUGUGGCAUUUUAGCUCUGGACGAGCCGACCACCAAUCUAGACCGGGACAACAUCUUGAGUCUCAGUGAUGCAUUGUCUCGACUAAUCAGUAUGCGAGAGAAACAGAAGAGUUUCCAAUUGUUGGUUAUCACCCACGACGAAGAGUUUUUGCAAACGAUUACUAGAAACCAGAGCGUUUCUCACUAUUUUAGGGUAAAAAGGAACGCCGAUGGGUUUUCGACUAUUUGCAGGGAAAUACUGUAGAGUAAUAAAGUGUUUAAAUAUAUUUUUAGCAUCUUUUAUCAUUUGUUAUAAAUACUAUUAAAUAUUGUUUUGUUAUACCUGUUUUGAUGUAAAAAUACACCGUUCACUUUUAAGUGUUAAUUAAAAUAUUACUUUUUA